AUGCUGCGUUUCGCGCCCGUAAUUCUAUUAUUGUUUCAAACAUGCGUUGCUCGAGAAUUGGUGAGCAUUCGGGAUCGUCGAGACAUCCAGGCCGAGGAUAUCACCUCUGUCACCUCGAUGCCCAUCACCUCGAACGUCGAGUCGAAGACUGACCUCGUGCCAGCUGCCUCCGGACACCAAGGCCACCGUCACGAGUCCGGAGGGGGGCAGAGCCACCAUUCCGAUCACCACGAGGAACACGGCGAGGAGGGCGAGAAGGGGUACAAGAGCCAUCACCAUCACGACAAGAUCGACAAGGGUGAGCACGACAAACACCAUCAUUCCGGUCAUCACGAGGAACACGGUGGCCAAAAGAAGGGGCACCACGAUGAGCACGAGAAGUACGGGGAGCACCACGAAGGUGAGAAAGGGCACAAGGCUGGCAAGUUUGGGGAGAAGAAGGGGCACAAGAAAGGUCACAAGACGAAAGGGUAUCACAACAAGUUCCACAAGGACGAGUAUCACAAGGAGCACAAGUUUUACGACGAUUACCAUAAAGGGGGGCAUCAUAAGAAGCACGGUGACUUCCACGGGCAUCACGAGAAGAAGGAAGGUCAGCAUAAGAAAGGUGGCCAUCAUCAUUCCGGGUAUCACGAGGAUCAUCGCGGUAAAAAGGGUCAUCGUGACAAGGGACACCUCGACGAGGAGCACAAAGGUCAUCAUGGGAAACAUGGACACGAUGAGCAUUACAGUCAUCAUGAUUCUUAUGGAAAGAAGGGUGAUCAUCAUUCUGGAAAGAAAUAUGGAUAUAGCAAAGGACACAAAGGAUGAAGAAGAGUCGAUUAAAUAACGAUUCUGGAUUCCUUCAGAUUGUCGUCUUGUUUUCAGUUUAAGAAUAGAUAUGUACUCUAUUCUUGUGAAUCGACGAUUUAAAAAAAUUGC